GGUAGUUUGACAGCAAAUGAAACUGUCAUUUUCAAAACAUGUCCAAAACGAGUGAAAUCCACUUAGGGAGACAGCCGUCCAAACAACGGCUCUUGCGUAUUCCCCUGCGGGAAUUUCGAAAGCAGAAAAAGGAUGCAACUAAAGAGCUGCACGAGCUGCUGGAUGAGACUGAGCUGGUCCAGAUCAAUGACUUGUUCAAUAAAGAAGACGGCAGGAGGAUGAGCAGGGAACAGCUGAAGGAGAUGCUGGCGCGAGUGGCGAAAAUCGAGUAUCCCGAUGAAAUUUUCGAAAGGGAGUUUCUGCGGAUGAACGCCAGUUGUAACGGGUUGGUGACGUGGGAUGAAUUCAUAUCGUACUUAAUCCUGGGGUUUGAACAGCAGGAGGUCAGCACCGAGUAUAAAACUCUGGCCGCUCCAAUUCCGAUUGGGCCCACCAUGGUAAAAAGUAACCAUCGCCACCCUAUUAAUAGGGUGACGUUUUACCCAACGGUUAAACCUGAUCGGAGCAGCACUUGGCACGAUGGCAGCAUAAUGACUUGCAGCCAUGACGGCGUGAUCAACUACUGGACGCUGGACAUGACUCUGGAAAGACAAGUGCAAUCCACUUGUCCAGAGCUGAAAAUCCAGACCACUUGGGUCACUGAUUUGGCGGUACUCCCAGAUGUCAGCGUCAUCUGCACAUCUUCCAGUGAAAGAGACUUGCGCUUUUACGACACAUCAGCUAGAAAGUUUGAGCUCCGAGUCAUGAUCACUACGCUGGACUAUGCAGUUUGCACCAUGUACUACAAGUUCUACGAAGACCCAGACACGGAAUCCAAGCUGAUUCUAGGAGAUAUGGGAGGAGGAGUCACCAUUCUGUACAUUAAAACCUUUGCCAGAGGUCCCUUUAAGUCCCAGCCUGGAAUUCCGCUCCUUCAUGUCCGCUGGGGCCAAGUGGUCAAGGGCCUAGUUGGGAAUUUCCGGGUGGUUCAAUACCCGCACUUGCACACCGACUACGUUCGCCAAGUAUCCUUCUACUCCACCUUGCACAGCGUGGUUUCAUGCGCCCAAUGCCCCAAGGCGGCCCUCCUGAUGACGGACGUCACUGAUAGCAAAAACGUUUACACCUACAAAAUAGCGGCCGGAGUUUGGUGCUUUGAUCUGGAUGAAGUGACCCACAUCGUAGCCACAGGGGGUCCCGACUGUUUGAUUCGCCUCUGGAACCCGUUUGUCCCACACCGUCCCACUUGCACCUUCUACGGCCACCACACCGGAAUCGUGCAGCUGGUUUUCCAAGAUAGCGGCAAAUUGCUCUACAGCAUGUCCAAAGAUAAGUGCAUCAAGGUGUGGGAUAUUUCGCUCCAGUCGUGUUUGCAGACCUACUUGGAUUUGCCUCCAGAAUUAGGGGAGCGAAGUGAACUGACUGCGCUCUACAAUCCCGAAUCCAGGCAAUGGAUCAUUGGCAGUAGCAUGAUUGCGGUGAUUCCUCUGAGUCCGAAACAGAGCAGUGAACACACCGAUGGCAACACCCAUUCUAGUGGGGUGUCGGUUGUUUUGUUCAAUAAGCUGUUUAGAGUGAUUGUGACCUGCGGCCUGGACAGCUACAUUAUAGUGUGGAACCCUUGGGAUGGUAGGCGGUUGCUUGUGAUCAAAGAGGGCCACACCCGGAUGCUGCAUGGUGAGAUUAUGAGUGUGGAAAUCACUGCUGCCACUUUCGAUCCGGGAUAUCAGCGCCUUCUAACUGGCGCCCAUGAUGGCACAUUGAAAAUCUGGAACUUCAACACUGGCACGUGCCUGAGAAACAUGAACAUUGAAACUUGGUGUGAAGUUCAAUGUGUGAUUUGGGUGAACAGCCGCAUAAUGGCGAUGGGAUGGAACAAGCGUGUAACUGAGUUUGCUGAUACUGGGGAAGCCAUUGGCCCAGAAGGGGCUUAUAGCAAGAAUUGGGAUUUGAGGCAUUCGGAGGAUAUCAGUGCUGGGGCGGUGCGAGUGCCUGAAACCUUGGCCACCAGCUCCUACGUGGGCGAAUUGUUGCUCUGGCGCCUGGAAACCGGACAGCCGUACAAGAAAUUCAUCGUCUCCAAUCCGACGGAAAGAAUCAAAAUCCAAUUCACUGUGGACAAAGGCAAAGAAAGAAGGGACAGUUCAGGCUUCUUUAUGGGGAGCGCGUCGAUGAUCAGAAAAAGCCUCUCAGGAAAGAGCAGUCGCAAAUCCUCCAUGUUUAGCACACAUUCCAAAAGAUCCACGCUGCUUCCACCCCAAGAAAGAAUGUUAAGUGGUCCGAUGAUUAUGGGCCGCAAAGGAAGACUGUCCACCGUGCAAAUACCAGACGAAUGCUUCAACUUGCGAAGACUGGCCGUUCAUUGCAUGCUGUUUCUCUGCUCGAGGAAGAGCGACCCGAUGGUUGGGACGCUUCUGGUGGCGUUGGAAAAUGGGGUGGUGCAAGUGUGGAACCAUCACAUUUCGGGCGGAUUUAUCACGUCGUUUUCUGCCGUUCACAAAGCGGGCGACUAUGUGAUUUCUAUGGCCACUGAUGACCAGAACGAGUUUCUGUUCAUUGGAACAACCGCUGGCUACAUUAAGACAUGGCUAAUGAAGAACUACUGCAUUUUACCGGAAGAUAAAGAACACCUCUGCAUGCCCAAAUACCGGCUCAUGUUCCCUUUCAUGUGGGGAGAUCGCUUUAUCGGAAGGGCAAGAAGGAUGAUUGCUGGCCAAUUGGAGCCUGUCCUUCUCAACAGCUACAAGGGGCAUUUCAUGCCAGUUUCAGGGUUGACUUAUAUUGAGGAAUGUCGCAUUUUGAUCAGUUGCAGCGCCGAUUUCAGUGCGAGAAUGUGGACUUUAGGAGGUCGGUACUUGCAAACCAUCGGCACUUUCAAGCCCUGGAAAAAGAUCGGGGCGGAUGGCCAGUCUCUAGCUGAUGAUUUUGACUACACGAUUCCUCCGGAUAUUAAGCGAAUCGCCAGCUCCACUACUCUACGAGUUUUGAGCGGGGGCUCAUUCCCCAAGCGACUCACCAUCAAGCAACUGCAGAAGCAGGCGCAAAAGGACCUCAUCCACAUCGACCACAGCAAGAUUUAUGGCAGUCGGCUCAAAGAGCCGAUACUGGGCCAUCAUUACAAUGUGCCUGAGAGGACUACGCAUCCGAAGGACAUUAAAUUUGACACCACUUUCCCACAUAUUCCAGUAUAUCAACACCUGGUCAUGCCACAGCCCAAUCCCAUCCAGGUUCCUGAAGUACCUGAUGAUAUUCCUGCUAACAUUAAAGUGGAGGAAGAAGAAAUCUAGACUUCGACUGGUUUUUAUUCGACUUCCUAUGUUAAUAGUUUGCACGUGAAAAGAACAGCGGAUUAAAGUGCGGUGGGAAUGGU